AUGAGGAACAGCUCUUGCCUCAGAAGCGGCCACAAGCCCUGGGGGAGCUUGGGGAGGAGCAGAGCUGCUGGGACAAGGGGAGCAGAGUGUGGUGGGAUGGCCGGGGGCAGCCAGGAGACCCCACAAAGUGGCGUGAACGUGUUCCUGGGCACUGUCCUGCUGCUCCUGCUGCUGCCUGAUGUUGCCGAAGGACAGGACAGCUGUUCGGAGCUGCAGCGGGGUGAUGAGCACCGGGAGUGCUGCAGUGUGGUGCUGGAGCAGCAGAGCCCAGGCAGCAGCACCCGAGGGCUGCCCCUGCCCCAGCACUGCCCGGAGCUGUGGCGCUCCCAGAGCCGCGCCUGCGCCUGCCUGAGGGAGCACUGGCUCAGGCUGCUGCAGUCAGGGCGGCACAGCUGGCUGGCUGGGCUCAAGGCUCUGCUCCUCAAUGUCAGCAGGGCUGUCACCCGCGAUGUCCUCAUCACCUUCUCCCCCACUGAGGGCCCCAGCAGGCUGAACACCACAGAGAAAGGGAAGGCAGGUAAAAUCCGUCUCCCCAGGGAGAUAUUCCGGUCCCUGAGCAGCCAAACAGUGCGUGUGGUGGUGACAGUCCUCAAUAUCCAGCAGCUUGGCAUGUUCAAGGAGGUCAACCAGACGGGGCAGGUCCUGGACAACACCGUGGUGGGCAUCACGGUGGGGGAGAGCAGCAUGUCGGGGCUGCAGGAGCCCGUGCAGCUCGCCUUCCCCCACGGGGAGCUGCCCCAGGGCGUCACCCCCCGAUGCGUGUUCUGGGAUGCCAGCAAAGGGCGGGCAGGAGGCUGGCGCAGCAGUGGAUGUGUCACACAGCCCGGGGACAAGGGGACAGUCUGCUCCUGUGACCAUCUCACCUUCUUCACCCUCCUCCUGAGCCCAGCUCUGGAUGCCUCCACAGCAAGAGCUCUGAUGGCUGUUGCCACUGCUGGCUGUGGGGUAGCCAUGGCUUUCUCCAUCUUCACCGUGGCCUUCUGCAUCUUCGUCAGGUGCAGGUUCAGGCUGGAGGAGACCGUCCGCACCAACCUGGGGCUGCACCUCAACCUCGUGGGCAGCCUGCUCCUCCUCAACCUGGCCUUCCUGCUCAACAGUGGGCUUGCUGGCAGGGUCCCCCCAAGCACCUGCGGGCUCCUGGGGGGGCUCACCCACUACUGCCUGCUCUGCUGCUUCACCUGGACGGCGCUGGAGGGCUGCCAGCUCUACCUCCUCUUUGUCAAGGUGCUCGGCACCUACAUCCACCACUACCUGGCAAAGCUGUGCCUGCUUGGCUGGGGCUUCCCUGCUCUCGUGGUGGGAGUGGCAGGAGCUCUUGGCAGCUAUGGAGAAUACAGCAUCCAGACCAUGGACCACCAGGCCAUAGCCCACCUGUGCUGGAUCACUUCCAAACAUCUUCUGGUGCACUACAUCACCAACUGUGGCUACUUUGGCCUCAUCUUCCUCUUCAACAUGGCUGUGUUCGGGGUGGUGACCCACAAGAGCUGCAGCUUGCAGGGCACUGGGGCAGUGCAGGGACACAGUAAGCCCUGGAAGGUGGCUCUGGUGGCAGCAGGGCUCUUCUGCCUGCUGGGAGCCACUUGGGCCCUGGCAUUCCUCACCUAUGGCAUCUCCUCUGCAGCUGUGCUCUACCUCUUCACCGUCCUCAACUCUCUCCAAGGAAUCUUCAUAUUCAUCUGGUUGGUUGUCCUCUACUACCCAAAGACAAAGGAGAGCACUGGUUCCCUCUCCUACAUCAUCAGACAUGACAAAACCACCACAGCCUCCCAGGACUAG